AUGUCAAAGCCCCCGCUAGCAGGCAAACCACCGUUCGCAACAGACGAACCCGACUCGUUCUACGAAACCCCUCCGAUAACCCCUCCCCAACGUAUUCGUGCACAAAUGGUCCAACCAGCGACCACUGCCAACAGCGCGGAGCGAAACAAGCGCACGUCUGCUUAUGACAUAUACGAGGACUACAUUCCGGGAUCCAGCUCUUCUGGCACAGACAAAGCGAAAUCGAAUUCUGACCUCAAUCCCUUUGCAACGCCCCAGGACGCAGCAGCGAACCGCAAUUCAAGCGUUGGCGCUAUGCUUAUGAAUAUGGAUGACAUGGACGACGACUCGGACGAUGAAGAUUUUGGGAGGAGACCUGCGCCGUCUGCGCUUUCCAGUAGUAAUAGCGAUAUGAGCAAGAACGCUGCUUUAGCUGCCGCCGUGACAACAAGUGCAAAAGUGCGGGUAGGGCCGAGUCAGCCUACACCUGCUCCUCCUCCUCCUGCCUCCCCUCCUCAAUCUCAGCAACCGCAAAGAGGUCCACACCCAAUAGCCGCUCCUCAGCCUGGAUACCCUGCUCCUAUUGCUGCCCUUAACCUCGCAGAAUCCUUCGCAGAAAAGCAGAACCCACCUCAAAUGCGUCAAAUACCCAUUCCUCCUCCCCUGCGCAUCAACCCCAACAUACAGAACCCAUUUGAGCCACAGAAUCCGUUCAGCGGUGGUAUGCCGUCUCCAUUUGUUCGGCCAGAGUCCACGUCCCCCCACCCUCUCUUGCCUCCCGUGACACCCAUUACCCCUGUCUUUAUCCGACCCAAAGCAGUUGUUCCGCCGCCUGCAGCGAUCAAAUUUGACGAAUCAUCGCUACAUGAUCCGGCAGGUGUUCGCGGGAUGCCACGCCCACCGAAGGCUAUCAUGCGCAGUGAUGCAGAAGAGACGCCGCUUCGCUCACGUGGAGAGAAAGGCGACGACUUCUGGAGGCGCUUCUCGAUGGUCGCCAAGCUUGAGCAGACAAAAAACGGCCCUGGCCAACGCAAAAGCUCCUGGUUGUCGCGUACCCAGAGCCAAAAAGACCAGUACUCGCGCUGGGUGUGGAUUGUUGGCAUCACGCUGCUGCUUAUCAUCAUCGGCGCUGUUGGAUGCGGUGUAUACUUUACGCGGAACAGCCCCGACCAUCAACAACCAAAGGUGUUUGGCGGCUCGGCGGACCAGGCGGCAACGUACACGACCAGCGCGACAGGCAAAGUGACAGUUGGGCCUGGAGGGACGAGCACGAUUUUGCAUGUCAGCCCGACGCACGUUGUGGACAGGAGAGGUCCUGAGCCGACCUUGGCGCCAGUAGUUUCGACUGUGGGGAAGAGGAUGCACAUCGGCACCAACGCCAACGCGAAGCGACGGUUGGAUAGCAGCAUCUGGUAA